AUGAACAGGCUGGCCCGGCUCUUCAGAGGCCAGGCCAAGGACCAGGAGGGGAAGGCCGAGCUCAUCAAAACCAGGGGGGGCACCUCUGGAGCUGCCCCCAAGCAGCACAAUGACCACAGUGAGAAGAGGCGAAUCCUGGACCCAUCCGGAGACUGUCACUCCUUGUGGCUGAACGUGAUGGUGGCCCCCAUCCUGUACAACUGGAUCAUCCUCAUCUGCAGGUCCUGUUUCCCUGACCUGCAGCGCAAGUACCUGUAUGUGUGGCUGGCCCUUGACUACCUCUGCGACCUGCUGUACCUGCUGGACAUCGGGGUGCACUUCCACACCGGAUUCCUGGAGCAAGGGAUCCUGGUCCAGGACUGGAGCCAGAUCUCCCGGCGCUACCUGCGGUCCUCCUCCUUUCCCUGGGAUCUCAUCUCGGUCCUGCCCACGGACUUGCUGUACCUGUGGCUGGGGAUGGGGACGCCAGCAGUCCGGGCCAACCGCUUCCUGCGGACCCCUCGGCUCUUUGAGGCCUUUGACCGGAUCGAGACGCGCACGGCGCACCCCAACUCCUUCCGCAUCACCAAGCUGAUGCUGUACGUCUUCAUCACCAUCCACUGGAACAGCUGUAUCUACUUCGCCCUCUCUGGCUACAUUGGCUAUGGGGUGGACGAGUGGGUCUACCCCAACAUCAGCACGACCGGCUUCGACCGGCUCCUGCGCCAGUACCUCUACAGCUUCUACUUCUCCACGCUCAUCUUGACCACAGUGGGUGACACCCCCAUGCCCCAGCGCGAGGAGGAGUUCCUCUUCAUGGCCGUGGACUUCCUGCUAGCGGUCAUGGGCUUUGCCACCAUCAUGGGCAGCAUGACUUCCGUCAUCUCCAACAUGAACCAGGCCGACGAGGCCUUCUUCCCAAACUCCGAUCUGGUGAAGGGCUACCUGCACACCCACUGUGUGAACCGCCGCCUCCAGCGCCGGGUUGUCGACUGGUACCAACACCUGCAGAUGAACAAGAAGAUGACCAAUGAGCUGGAGAUCCUCCAGCACCUGCCUGAGCGCCUGCGGGCCGAGGUGGCCAUCAGCGUCCACCUGCCCACCCUCCGUAAAGUGCAGAUCUUCCAGAGCUGUGAGCAGAGCCUGCUGGAAGAGCUGGUGCUGAAGCUGAAGCCACAGGUCUACAGCCCCGGAGAAUACGUCUGCAAGAAGGGCGACAUCGGGCGGGAGAUGUACUUCAUCCGCGAGGGGCAGCUGGCGGUGGUGGCCGACGAUGGCGUCACGCAGUAUGCCGUGCUGGGGGAGGGGCUGUACUUCGGGGAAAUAAGCAUCAUCAACAUCAAAGGGAACAAGUCCGGGAACCGGCGCACGGCCAACAUCAAAAGCAUUGGCUUCUCCGACCUCUUCUGCCUGUCCAAGGAGGACCUGAAGGACGUGCUGGCCGAGUUCCCCAAUGCCAAGUCCAUGCUGGAGGCCAAAGGCCGGGAGAUCCUGCUCAAGAUGGACAAGCUGGAUGUCAACGCAGAGGCCGCGGAAAUCGCCCAGCAGGAGGAGGAGAUGCGGCGCACGGCGGCCCUCGAGGAGGGCCUGGAUGUGCUGCAGACGAAACUGGCGCGAGUCCUGGCCGGGCUGGAGUCCAGUGCCUUCAAGAUGGCCCUGCGUCUGGAGCACCUGGAGUGGCAGAUGCGGGAGUGGGGGGCAGAGGAGGAGGAGGAGGGGGUGGAGCCCUAG